UAACAUUUUCCUUCCUCCCGUACAGGCAUCGACUUCAAGAUCAAAACCAUCGAACUGCGCGGCAAAAAGAUUAAGCUACAAAUCUGGGACACGGCCGGCCAGGAACGGUUCCACACGAUCACCACCUCCUACUACCGGGGUGCCAUGGGGAUAAUGUUGGUGUACGAUAUCACCAACGAGAAAAGUUUCGACAACAUAGUCAAGUGGUUGCGGAAUAUAGACGAGCAUGCCAACGAAGACGUGGAAAAGAUGAUUCUGGGGAACAAAUGCGACAUGACAGAUAAACGCGUGGUCAGCAAAGAACGAGGAGAGAGCAUCGCCCGCGAGCACGACAUCCGCUUCAUGGAGACGUCCGCCAAGGCGAACGUCAACAUCGAGAAAGCAUUCCGCGAGCUGGCCGAAGCGAUCCUGGACAAAACCUCCGGCAAGGAGACGACCGACAAUCCGGACCGGGUGGUGGUCAACCGUGGCACCGGCGAUAAACCACCUGCCUACAAGGCCUGCUGUGCGUAGAUCGGUGGAAGAAGGGUGACCGAUGUGGAACCUUCUUCAUCUUUUUCUUUGCUGCUGGCUGCAAUUUGCUUAUGAUGAUAUACCCUACUACAACAAUCCAUACAACUAGGUACCGCUCUGGCACGCUUUCAUCAUCUGUGUGUUUGUGGGUAUAAUGUAGAGAAGAUUAUUUACCUUACGUUUUUAUAAACUCUAAAUUUUUACUUACUCAGCAAUUGCGUGGGAAAAAAGUUAACAAAUUCGUAAGAAUUUCGCAACAUUUUUUCGAAAUUCUUCGAGAUGAUACAACUUCUUCCGCACGGAAUUGCUGUAUUGCGAGUCAGGGGGUUCGGGGACAAAUACUUACACAAAAAAACGAAAUAGAGGGCAUAAAUUUAGUCUAUAAAUGGGAAAGUCAUAAGGCAAAAUCAGUGUGAAGCAUUCGGAUGUAGAACGUGAGCCCUUGAACCAUUAGUGUUGCGUUCACUCUGAAGAGAAAGUUGAGUUUUUUUUGUCUGCGGUUAUAUGCUGAUACGACACGUGAGAUUCUGUUCUUAUAAAUAAAAGCGCAAGCAAAGGGGGGAGUGUACAUGAUGUUUUCUUUUAGGUUCGCAGUCAAAUUCUAAUUAUUUUUUUCCAAUGUAGGAAAGCUUCUGUGUAGUAUUUUAGUUUGUACGCCGCUGAUGUAUGUGCACGAUCGCCAAUAAUGUAAACGAUGUUUUUUUUUCUAACAGUCACCGGAUACUUCCAUUUUAGGGAAGCUUAUACUAACUGUAAACAAUUUAUCAGCGUUUGUUGUAUUUGUCGGAUUAGGAAAGCAAGAACGAAUUAAAUCUAUCAUUGGUCAGAUGCUAAAA